AUGGCUCUUCCAGGAACACCACAGAGACCUUUACCAGGUACAUAUUUCAUGACACCUGCUCCUCCGAGAUUCAAUCAACCUCCUCCACCACAACCUCCUCUAUUUCGACCACCGCAACCGCAUGCUGGACGUGAGCCAACUCCACCUCGAGACGGCCCAAUACCUCCUCCAAAUCAACCUCAAAUUUUACCGCAACCCUUAUUACCUAUUUCACGAGCUGCGAAAACUAUCAACGAAGUUCUGCAAAGAGAAUCAAGCUUUCCUGAUCUUGAUAGCUAUGUCAAGCAGGGCAUCUCAUCUGACUAUGAACUUCCAUCACCUGUCUCCGAUCCCGCCUGGGUUCCUUUUCAAAAGAUGAGGAUGUACGAUAUUCCAGAUACGAUUUACGACCAAUACAAUAAUGCUUCUUUCGGGACAUCGAUGGGGCUUUUUGCGGAGUUAAAUCAUGCAUGGGCAGCUAUCGACAACGCAUUAUACUUAUGGGACUAUACCAGCCCAAAUCCAACAUUGCGAGGAUUCGAGGACCAACCAAAUGGUAUCAGGGCUGUGAAACUGGUGAUACCGCGCAAAGGAGUUUUCAUUGAAGCCAUCACGCACAUUGUGGUGGUCGCAACCACUCAAGAUAUUAUUUUGUUGGGUGUCGCAGACGGAGUUGAUGAGCAUGGGAAUAGAAAUUUGGAGCUUUACAGAACCGGCAUGACGCUUUCCAUCAGAGGACUCGAUGUCACAGUAAUUGAAGGAUCAACAGACACGGGGCGCAUAUUUUUCGCGGGAGGAGCCAACCAGGUCUACGAGCUUACGUAUCAAAAUGAAGACAAAUGGUUUUCAAAUAAGACUGGAAAGCUCAAUCACACAAGUCCUGGAUAUACAUCCUUGGUACCCAUACCUUGGGGUCGCGCGACGACUGAGGUUGUGGUGGAUAUGGUUGUGGAUGACACCCGUCGAUUGCUAUACACUCUUUCCUCUGAAUCCACCAUUCGAACAUUCCACAUGGAUAGCGCUACCACUUUGACACAAGUCAUUGACAAGAAGCGACAAGAUAUUUUGAGAGAUAUCUCUCACAUGAUUUCGGCAUCGCCCCUCUUAUCGUCUCAUAUGCGGAUCGUUUCGAUUAGUCCUAUAUCUGCAAAAGAAGGACUAAAGCUUCAUCUUAUGGCUACUACUACAUCAGGAUGCCGCUUGUUUCUGAGUGCUACUCGGGGUUAUGCUUACGGUUUUCAAACUGGCCAGGGAGCUCCACAAAGUAUGCAGGUUCAACACAUCAGAUUUCCACCCAGGAUUGAUCGGCCGGGAACUAGACCUUAUCCUGGACUCGAGCCAGCGAUCGAGACAAGCUCUGAUGCACUAGCACAUACACGCAAAGGUCUUCGAUACCCUCCAGGUUUCUUCUUCUGUUUCGUUUCCAAGGAGACUCGUGAUGGGAGUGAUGCUCUUUUUCUGUCGGCUCCAGAUACAGGUCGGAUAGCAGCGCAGGCACGAGACAUGGCCGCUCAACAAGGUUUGCGAUAUUGUGAAUCGGCAUUUUGGCUGGAGAUGGGCAGUCGUGCUGAGGCUAUUGGUCUUGUGACAAAACCUUUCGCUGCUUCAGAUCAACCCCUGGGCUUCGGAAAUGAACUCGCAACUCAGUAUGAUCUCCCAACCCCGGAAAUAGCAAUUAUGACAAAUUCUGGUAUUCAUAUCGUUCGACGCCGACGACUUGUAGACAUAUUUGCCUCUGCAAUUCGAAGUGGAUUUGAUGAUGGAGAAACAGAGAUUAAGAAAUUCAUUCGACAGUAUGGUCGAGGGGAAACGACCGCGACUGCUUUAGCCGUAGCGUGUGGACAGGGCGGCGAUGCUUCGGUAGUUGGAGAGAGGAGGAUAGCAGAUCCAGACACAAUUGAGGCUGCUAGGAGAGCAUUCGUUGAGCAUGGGGGACGUGCAUCUAUGGACCAGAAUAUGGUUGUCGAGGGACCAGCCCAAGCAAUUGAAAACGUGCGGCCUUCUUCGAGACACGACGGGCUUGCUCUCUAUAUGGCUAGAUUGGUCCGUGGUCUUUGGAAAUCUCCGGUCAUAAAAAUGGAAAUUACCAAGGAGGUGGUUGCUAUAAAACCAACAAUUGAUAAGAAGAAGCUAGCUGCUGUUCAAGAUGAACUUAUGAAAUUGUCGAAGUUCUUGGAGGACAACAAGACAUUCAUUGAGGGGCUGUCUGGGCCCGAGGGUCUUAAUCGUGUCACAAGUCAACAGGAGGAUCUUGCUCUGCAGGGCGAACACCAAGCAUUGCAUUCACUGCAAAUCCUUAACACGAGCAUUGUGGAAGGAAUAUCUUUUGUUCAAAUGUUUUUCGAGGAACGAGUCGAUGAUAUUUGGGCUGCGUUAGAUGAUACAACGAAGCAACAACUCCGAGAACUGACAUUCGAACUAUUAUUCUCUACUGACAAUGGCAAGAACUUGGCGAAAUUGUUGGUAAAGGAGAUUGUGAAUCGUAAUAUUGCCCAAGGCUCGAAUGUUGAUACAGUCGCCGAGGCUCUUAGAAGACGCUGUGGUACUUUCUGUAGUCCUGACGAUGUCAUUAUUUUCAGGGCCCAAGAACAGUUGCAACGAGCGACCAGCGUCGGACCUUCAUCUGAUCACGGAAGGGCACUUCUCAAUGAGAGUGUUCGAUUAUUUCAGGAAGUCGCCGGUGUUUUAUCUCAUGACAAUUUGUACAGCGCUUGUGCUCAAUUUGCCGCCAAUCAAUUCUACGCAGGUGCAAUCAGCCUGGCACUACUUGUUGCUCACGAAUCUGAUCGUGGAAACAAAGCUUUGUCGUGGCUUAAUGAUGGCAGGCCUGCCGACGACCAUCGAGCAAGUUUCUUCGAGUUCCGCAAGGACUGUUAUAACAUUGUAAAGGAGAUCUUAACUGCUGUCGACAACGACACUGGGAACGCACCGGAAAUGGUUGAUGGUAGACAAACCACCCAAGCUAGAAUGCGCGAAGAAGCACAUCAAGUGGUUGAUGAAUCUGACGAUGAGGUCUUUCAAUACGACCUAUUUGAUUGGUACCUUGAACAAGGCUGGACGGAGAGAAUCAUUGCUACAGACUCGCCGUUCAUUGUUAAAUAUCUCGAGCGAACUGCCAGCGAAAGCACGGAGAAUUCCGACUUGCUUUGGAAGUACUACGUUCAUCGAGAAGAUUACUCUUCCGCUGCUGGUGUACAGCUCACUUUGGCUAAGAGUGAACUUCCCAUCUCCUUGCAAAGGAGAAUCGAAUACUUAAGUAGAGCCAAGGCAAAUGCUCAAACACAAGGCGGUGCCAUCCACAGACAAGCGCGACAAAUCAUGCUGCAUGAGGCUGGUGAAUUGCUGGACGUCGCUAGUAUUCAACAUGAAUUGUUGCAACGCUUGAGAGCCGAUCCUAGAAUUCCUCAAGCACGUAAAGAUUCCGUGGUACAAGAUCUUGACGGCGCCAUUCAACCGCUCUCUGUCCUUUUCAAUGAAUAUGCCGACCAAGGCCAGUACUAUGAUAUCUGUCUCCAAAUAUUUGCAGCCGCCAAUCAUCACAACCAGGCUGAUAUCCGGACUAUGUGGGAACAACUUCUACAGUCAAUACAGGCCCGUGUAGAAGAAGACCCGCAAGCACAAACUGAACGUCCUUAUGAAGCUAUCGUAAACAUUAUCCGUGAAAUGUCGCAAAAGCUUUCUGGAUACGAAAUCGUCUUCUCUCCUAGCAUUCUCAUCCCCCUCGUUGAAACUUACGCAGCUGAACACGCCCAUCCAGGUCCGACAAAUUGGGUCCCAGAUUUGUUUAUCAGUGUUUCCUUCGACUUUGACACAAUAAUCAACAUCUUAGAAGGAAUGUUUUACAAUGAGGUCAACCCAUUCGUUGGGGCAAAUAGGAUAGUUCUCGCAAAUCACAUUGUGUAUUCAGCGGAGCAAUGGUACGAGGACUGUAUUAGACACAAUAAGAGGGUCUUUGGAGGCGAAGUGCAGCAAGAUCAAAUUGGACAGAUUUUGGCCGAGUUGGGUGCGGCUGCCUAUAGAGAUGAUCCCGUUGGGAGACAGAGAAUUAUGGAGUUGAGAAGGAGGAUUGGGUUGGGGGGGCUACGAUGA